AACUCCAUCAAAAAAUUAGCCCAAAAACAGUAAACCCAAGCUCGGCCCAAACCCAGCAAGAAAAAUACCCUAGUUUCCUUUCUCUUCGAAGGGGAGAAAAGCGGACCCAAAAGAGGGAUGAACGAUCACCAUUCUCAGAUCAUCGAAUCAAAUGUAGCACUAUCACAAGAGCAGAGCAGCACAGAGAAAACAGCUAAUGAAGUGUCUGACGAGCAGAUUCCAGGAGAAGUAGAUAUGGCUGAGAGCAGUAGGAAACCAGCUUCAACUGGCACUUAAAUUGCUAUGCUAGAGAAGCUGGAUAAAGUGGCAGAAACCUUUACGAAAGGUGAAGUAAGAGAUCCGGAACCUGAAAAUGCCAAAGAGACAACUUUCACUAAUGCUGGCACAAGGUUGUAGUUAAUCAACUGAUAAUAGAGAA